AUGGCCACCACCUCCAACAACUCAGCCGAAGCCUCCGACCCCUCCUACAUCGACUACGAGCUCUUCCUCGAUCCCUCCUUCUCCGCCCCCGCCUUCGCCAACACCCUCGUCCUCACCACCAACAACGCGACCGACUCCCCCCUCGACCUCUCCACCCCCCUCUCCAGCGUCCUCUUCGACAUCCAAGAAGUCGACUCCCACAUCCACACCCUCACCUCCGCUUCCGCCCUCCCCCUCCUCUCGCACACCGAAACCCAAGCACACGCCUCAGAACACAUCGUCAGCGAACUCUCCUCCCAAGCAGCCUCCCUAAACGACUCCUACAAACGCCUCGAGCAGGAAGUCAUCUCGCGCCACGAAGCCGCUGAAGAAGUCCAACGCGUCUCCGAGCGCCUAUGGCACACUGUCCGCCUAGGUCGCUCUGUCGGCCGCGCCCUCCAACUAGGUCGCCAGCUCGAAGUCCAGAUGUCCGAGCAGCAGCCCCGUAACGCCCAGUCCCGCGAUGACCACCGCUCCACUGUCCGCGCUUCAAACACAAUUCUCUCCUGUCGCGCGCUGCUAGCCGCUAAUGGCCCCGGCGAAGAGGGGGAGAACCUAGAGAAAGUCCACGCCAUCGCCGCCUUACAGCGCGAACUGAUCGCACCAGCUGAACGAUCACUUCACGCCAAAGCCCAGCAAGUCGUGCGGGAUUUCUCCAUGUCAACACUCACCGGCUCCGGCAGCACCUACGCACAAGCUGAGGACGCAAAGUCCCGCGCCACCUCCGCCUUACAGACGCUUUACCUGCUCUCCCCACAACCACCGAAGAGAGGGAAGAGCAUAAGAUUCGAAGCAGAGUGGAUGGUACAAUCCAUCCAAGAGUACCUCCGCGUCGCCCUCACCACCUCCACAACCUCCAUAAUCCGCGCCCUCGGCGUCCUCCGCACCCUCGACGACGCACUCCUCCUCGUCUCCUCCCGGUGCCAAAACCUCGUCGCCCUCGAACUCCUGCUCUCCUCCCUCAAAGCCCCCACCCUCCCCUCGCUCUCCACGCCACCAAAUUUCCUCGUCCCGGAGCUGGUUAAGGCGGGGGGCAUGCAGGCGAGGACGCUGAAGAGUAAUAGGAAUGCGGUUAGGGAUAUGGUGGCGGAGGCGGUGGCGAGGGGGUGUCAGGUUCCGAGUGGGGCGGGGAAGAUGAGAGAUGAGAGGCGGAUGGCGGAGUGGGAGAGGGAGGUUGCUGUUAUGGUUGGGGCGGUGGUUGGGGGGCUGGGGAGGUAG